ACUGCCUCCCUCAUUUAUAUAUAUGGACGAUUGCACCUCCAUCUCUCUCUCUUUCUCACACACAUACACACAUGAGGGAUUAGGGAUGGCCAAUGAGGUCCACACCCAACAAGGGAAUUAAUGUAGUAUAGUGAGGGCUAGAGAGCUCAACAAACUCUAUUACAACCCUAUUAUUGUGUUAUUAAUUAGUACAUCAUUAUUAAUAUUGUACACAAUUAGUGUACAGCCCUAGUUUAUAAAUAUAUUGCUUCACUGCACACCAAUUUCUUGUGGGAAAAAAAAAGUGUAGACAGACAAAGAUUUUCGUCAAUGGCGUUGCGGCGACUUCUCUUUUUGUGCCUCAUUUUUUUCUCAUUCACCAAAAUCAUCGCACUGCCUAAAGAGCAAGAAUUGGACCGCAUUUCGGCGCUGCCGGCGCAGCCUCCGGUGAAAUUCUCGCUGUUUUCCGGCUACGUUACCGUCGACGAAGAAGACGGCCGCGCUCUCUUUUACUGGCUGACUGAGGCCACCCACAAUGCACACACAAAGCCUCUUGUUCUUUGGCUCAAUGGAGGACCUGGAUGUUCAUCUGUGGCUUAUGGAGCAUCCGAAGAAAUUGGGCCAUUUCGAAUCAACAAAAAUGGAUCUCUCUAUUUGAAUAAAUACUCGUGGAAUCGAGUCGCAAAUAUUAUAUUUCUGGAAUCUCCGGCCGGCGUUGGUUUCUCUUACACAAAUACAAGCUCCAAUCUCAAAAAUUCUGGGGAUAAAAGGACAGCUCAGGAUGCUCUGAAAUUCCUGAUAAGAUGGAUGUCUAGAUUUCCCCAAUACAAAUAUAGAGACUUCUACAUUUCCGGAGAGAGUUAUGCCGGGCAUUACGUGCCGCAGCUAGCAGAGCAGAUUUACGAUCACAAUAAAAAAGCCCCACAUCCAAUCAUCAACCUCAAAGGAUUCAUUGUAGGAAAUGGUGUGACAGACAAUUACUACGACGGAAUCGGAACCGUAACGUAUUGGUGGAGCCACGCGAUGAUCUCAGACAAAACAUACAAAUCCAUCCUUAAAAACUGCGAUUUUCGAUCACAGCAAACUUCACACGAAUGCGACGAAGCAGUGAACUACGCCAUGAAUCGCGAAUUCGGCGACAUCGACCAGUACAGCAUCUACACGCCCACGUGCGGGGCAUCAUCGAGGAAGAAGAAGAAGAAGAAGAUCGAGGUUUCUAGAAGCUUCAAGAACACUCUAAUAGGGCAAAGAUUCUCUGGUUAUGAUCCAUGCACCGAGAGCUAUGCUGAAAGCUAUUAUAAUAGGGUUGAUGUGCAGAAGGCUCUCCAUGCAAAUAUCACAGCCAUCCCAUAUAAAUGGACUGCUUGCAGUGAUGUGCUUAUAAGGAACUGGAAGGAUUCUGAUCAUUCAGUCCUACCUAUUUACAAGAAGUUGAUUGCUACUGGGCUUAGAAUAUGGGUGUUUAGUGGUGACACGGAUUCUGUAGUGCCAGUGACUGCUACUAGGUUUUCUUUGAGCCAUUUGAAUUUAAAGAUCAAGAAACCAUGGUAUCCUUGGUACUCUAGUGGCCAGGUUGGGGGAUGGAGUGAAGUGUAUGAUGGAUUAACAUUUGCAACAGUGAGAGGAGCUGGGCAUGAAGUCCCAUUAUUUCAGCCAAGAAGAGCUUUCAUCCUUUUCCAGACAUUUUUGUUGGGGAGAGACUUGCCUACCUCUUAAGGUAUAAAUUAAUACAUACUAAUGAACUAAUUAAUGUGUCGUAUCGAAUUACUUACUUCAAUUAUUCACAAUUUCCCUUUUAAUUAUGUGUCGGAAAUGAGACGCACUCGAAAAUAGAGAGUCUCGUUUCUUAAUAAUUAAAUAUUGAUUAUGAUGAGAAAUUAACUGAUCAAUUGAGGGGUAUUGUUGUUAAUUAGUAUGUGUAGGUAUUUACACAUUGUAUUCAAUUGCAAAUGUAUUUAAGCUAAUUAAGUGUUUGGUCUCGGUUGUUACAGUUAUAUAUACGU